UUUUUCAGUGACAUGUAAUGUCAAGUUUAUUUUUUUGUAAGAAGUAUAAAUUUUUCGUUUAAUAUUUUGAUGCGUAUACCACCAUGGAUUUUCACAAAAUGAUAGUGAGAAACUCAAGAAUUUCCGUAUACAAAAAUGUGCGUUUCUUGACUUCAAAAUCAAACAUAACACAGGCUCAAGCUCAACCUGCUGAGGCGAUUGAAAAAGCAUGCAGCCAAGACCGUCCGAAGCAACCCAUGGCAGAUCGCUCACAUCUGCACAGUGCCAAACGCAUCAUGAUCAAAUUUGGAAGCGCAGUGAUCAUCGAAGGACAGGGACAGGGGAUUGCCAUGAGCAGACUCGCCAAUUUAGUAGAGCAAAUGGCUCACAUUUUUCUUCAAAAUAAGGAAGUAAUGUUCAUCACUAGCGGUUGCGUAGCUCAUGGAAGAUCCAAAUUAGCCUCAAAAACCAGCCAGUUUUACAAAACUGACGGUAAGCCUUUGGAUAAGAAACCUUCAGCCGCUGUUGGUCAGCCUGCUCUGAUGAAUCUCUACGAAACCCUGUUUUCCCGGUACCAUAUUCAAACAGCUCAAGUUCUGGUCAGCGAAAAUGACAUUUACAACGAUGACAACAGAAGGGUUUUGACUGAAACGCUGAAUCAGUUGAUGGAUAUGAGAGUGAUACCGAUUUUGAACACCAAUGAUGCCGUUGUGCCUCAACCCAAUGUACCAUGUCCGACACUUUGCAAGGGCAUCAAGCUUGCUGACAACGAUUCGCUGGCCGCUAUGCUGGCCGCAGACACUCAAACUGAUCUACUUCUUAUGCUGACCGUCGUUGAUGGUGUUUACGAUAAAGGACCGAACGAUCCAAAUACGAAAGUGUUGCACAGCAUAACCGAGACCAAUACGCAACACAUUGACUUUAUUGGACAAAGCCAAAUUGGUCUAGGUGGAAUGCAAACCAAAGUUAACUCUGGAUUAUGGGCGCUGGCUCAUGGUACUUCAGUGGUUAUUUGCAAUGGUAAAACACCCGAUAUAAUGCAGACAGUGCUGUCGGGCAAGAAAGUUGGUACUUUCUUUUCAUUGGCGGCUUGUGAAGAUGACAGUACCGAAAAAAUAGCAGCUGCUGCAAGAACAGGAGGUAGAGCUCUUGCUCUGCUGCCUGGUGAGAAAAGAGCUGAAUGCAUCAAGAAAAUUGCUGACUUGCUCGAGUCCAAAAGCAAGGAAAUCAUAGCUGCCAACGAGCUGGAUAUCAGAGAAGCCAAAAAAAUUGGCUACAGCACUGUCCUUAUCGACAGACUGAAACUGAAUGAACCAAAAUUGAAAUCACUUAGUGUUGGAUUAAGACAAAUUUCAGAAUACAGCGCUAAGAUUCUUGGAAAAAUCAUACGAAAAACCCAAUUGGCUGAAAAUUUGGAACUGACACAAGUGACAGUGCCCAUAGGCGUGCUGUUGGUCAUUUUCGAGUCCAGGCCGGAUGCGUUGCCUCAAAUCGCCUCGCUUGCCAUUGGUUCAGGCAAUGGCUUGGUGCUGAAAGGUGGCGACGAAGCCGUUCAUUCAAACAGGAAGCUAAUGGACAUCAUUGACGAAGCUUUGGCCUCGGUGAAUAGCUCCGGAGCUGUGGGAUUGGUAAACACAAAAGAGGAGAUUGCUGAUUUGAUCAACAUGGAUCAGUACAUCGAUCUGAUUAUACCCAGAGGUUCUUACAAGCUGGUGAGAUUUAUCCAGGACAAUGCCAAAAGAAUUCCAGUGAUGGGACAUUCAGAAGGAAUUUGUCAUAUAUUCGUCGACAAAGACAUGUGCCUUGAAAAAGCCCUGAAAAUCCUCAAGGAUGCCAAAACUGAUUACCCCUCUGGUUGUAAUGCCGUGGAGACGAUUUUAAUCCACAAAGAUCUUAUGGAAGGAGACUUUUUCUCGGAAUUGUGUUCCAUGCUUAAGGAAUCUGGAGUCACCCUUCAUUCAGGUCCCAAUUUGAUGAAGUACCUGCAGUUUGGACCACCGCUAGCCAAAACCAUGAAGCAUGAAUACAGUGGCAUGGAAUGCUGUUUAGAGGUGGUGGAUAAUGUUCAGCAAGCUGUAGACCACAUUCAUAAGUAUGGAAGUGGGCAUACUGAGUCAAUAAUAACGGAAAACAAGCAAGUGGCAGAAAAGUUUCUAGCGAUGCUUGAUUCGGCUUGUGUCUUCCACAACGCAAGUACAAGAAUGGCCGAUGGCUUCCGAUUCGGUUUAGGAGCCGAAGUAGGUAUAAGUACUUCCCGAAUCCACGCCAGAGGUCCCGUAGGAAUUGAAGGACUUCUAACUACAAAAUGGAUGCUAAGAGGUGUCGACCAUACUGCCAGUGAGUUCUCAGAGGGAAAAAGAAAAUUCAUACAUAAAUCAUUACCUAUACCUAAAGAAAACGAUGAUAGUGAUAAAUGUAAAUCUUAGUAUAUUAAAAAAGGUCAUGUUAUUGUCUCUGGUGGUGUUAUAGUAAAUAAAACGACGGUUAUAUACAUAUAUA